AUGGGUUCACACGAAUAGCCGACGCACAUGGGGGCAGAGCUGCCUCCAUCCGCCACCAGCAAGUUAAAUUUAAACGCAAUUAUUAAGAAUUUCAUAUCCUGAAGAAGUAAGAUGUACAAGUUGGACAUCCCCGUUGACCCAAAGCAGACUGCGGCCAUCGAGAGGCGACGGAACACCGAGCAGCAGCGCCAGAGUCGCAUAUUCAACGCCAGAUACAGGACGAUAGGGGUGGAUCGACCGUUCCUGGACCACCAGGUGGAAGAGAAAAAGACUCGGGAGGAGAGGGAGAAACUGCGGAAUGAGGCGUUCGACGCUGAGCGGCUCCGUCACGAUGUGACGGCUCAGCUAAUGGCGGCGCAGGAGCAGGACCGGGUGCGCCAGCUGAACGAGCAGCUGGUCACCUACCGCGCCCACUACCAGCGGCCGGAGGACCGUCGCGACUUCGACCUCUAUGACCCUGAGGGGCUGAAGAAGGACCGGCCGGCAAGGGUCAGCCAAGAUGACCCCCGCUGCGGCCCCUCGGGAAUGCAGAAAUUUGCCGGCGAGGACCACAACGAGAAGAGCCGGCAAAGGUACCAGCAGCAGCAGGCUGAGAAGUGGCUGAUGGCACAGAGGCAAGAGAAGGAACGGGCGAAGAGGGACCAGAAGUACACAGACCAGCUCCUCCACAAGAAGCAGGUGGAACUGGACCAGCGAGCGGUACAACUCUCCAAGAUGGAAGAGGACUGUCGGCGGGCCCUCAAUACGGCCGUUCUCAAUUACAACAUGGCGCUGGCGGCCGAGCAGGCAGAGGCAAGGGAGGUGGAGCGGCGGAAGGAGGAUGAGGAGAAGCUGGCUGACAUGGGCGCCCACGUGUACGGGGACAUUCUGACAGAGAACCCAGAGGUGGCACGCAGUGCCUUUGGACCCCACCGGGUGGUGACCGACCGCUGGAAGGGCAUGAGCGCCCAACAGCUGGAGGAGAUACGGAGGCAGCAGCGGCUUCAAGUUGAGGAAGGGAAGAAACUGAAGAUGAAGGAGGCGCAGGUGGAUGCGGAGUGGGACCGGCAGCGGUUGGCAGAUGCACGGGCAGCGUUGUACAGGCAGCAAGAGGAGGAGACGGCCGCCCGGAGACUGAGGCAGGAGAUGGACUCGUACAACAGGCGGCUGAACAGUGAGCAGCUGGCCCACCAACAGUACUUGGAUGAAGAGGUUUACACAAACCCGCCAACCGCUGCGUAUUUCCUGCAGUUUAACACAUCCAGUCGCUAGUGACUCCCAGUUGGAGAAAGCCACUGUCUCAGUCAUCAAUUCUCAACAAUCUUAUAUUUAUGACUCUGAUCUAAAUAAAGUUUA